AUGGUUUCUCGUUCUCUCCUUCGACAAGGUGCUCGCUUGGCCCGAUACUCGUCGCCACAACUCGGACCAUCUCCAUCCGCAGUCGCUGUUGUCCGUCAGCAACGGUACAAAUCCACGUCUACGUCUACGUCUAGCUCGCCGCACAUGCCUCAUGGAAAUGGGCGGUUCAUCAAUAUAGUAGAAGUCGGCCCUCGCGAUGGAUUACAAAACAUCUCGGGCGCACCUGUACCUACCGAUAUCAAGCUGGAACUCAUCCGCCGGCUCUUCCAGUCCGGGGUGAAAGUGAUGGAAGUGGGGAGUUUUGUGCGGGCGGACAAAGUACCUCAGAUGGCAGAUACACCGCAGCUAUUGCCCAUGCUCCGGGACAUGCCUGAAGCUCGGGGCAAGGAUAUACACCUCCCGGUCCUCAUCCCGAACAUGCGCGGGCUGGAUAACCUGUUAAAGCUGGAAGAGGCGCACAGUGGGGAUGGGAAGGGAAGGCUGACAGAUGAAAUAUCCGUCUUUGUCCCAGCUUCAGAUGCCUUCUGCCGCGCCAACAACGGUACCACCGUCGACGCCCUCCUCGCCUCCCUCCCCGCCGUGGUCUCCAAAGCCAUCAACCACGGGUAUCGCGUCCGCGGGUACGUUUCCGUCGUCAUGACCGAUCCAUACAGCGGGAAAGUGCCCGUGGAGGCUGUGAAUCGGGUGACGGCGGCGCUGGAUGGGAUGGGGUGCUAUGAGAUGAGUUUGGGGGAUACGACGGGGGAGGGAGACGUGUUAUCUUGGGUGGGGAUGUGGGAGGGGUUGAGGAAGGAGGGUGUGGAUAUGGAUAAAGUCGCUGCACACGAUACCUUCUCCUCCGCCCUAGCCUCCAUAACCGCCCUCCUCCCACUCGGACUCCGAACGAUCGACUCGUCCGUCGCUGGUCUGGGCGGCUGCCCUUACUCCCCCGGUGCGACAGGCAAUGUGGCGACGGAAGAUGUGGUCCGGCUGCUCCAUACGCUGGGGUACGAGACGGGGAUCGAUCUGGACAAGCUGGCAGAGACGGGCGGGUGGGUGAGUGAGAAGCUGGGCCGGAGGAAUGAUAGUAAUGUUGGGAGAGCGAUGGAGGCGCGAAGAAGAGUCAAGGAGACGAGGGUGAGCGCAAGUAUAUGA